UAUCAGCAACUGAAUAGGCAGUCCUACUUUUCCAUUUUGAUAUGGACAAUAUUAUAUUAUGGCUUGGAAUCAUGGUCACCGUAUAAUUGGAUGAGAUUCGCUGUUCUGAUAUGAAGCGGCCAUGUUUGCCAUUUGCAAAACGUUCUGGACUUCUCCGUUAUGCUAACAAGCUUUGCUCACUGUAAUAAAGGUCACCGUGCGGUUGUGUAUUAGCCAUAUUCCAGAUGCAGUAUGCGAUUUCCCAAAUUUUAUCAGAUUCUUUGUACAUGGAUAUUUGUUUUUGGUGUGAUGAUAAUUGGUGGCGAAGAUAAGCCAAAUACCAAACCAACUGUGAUUUUCCUAGUGAUUGUUCCUUAUGAUGCCAAAAUUGUGAUGGCCGCCGUCAAUCUUGCUCUUCAAGAAUCACAGGAAAAAUAUUCUAACAUGAACAUAAUACUGCAUUCGAUAGUUAACUGGAGUGUCACACCGUGCAACUACUUUGAAGAUUUAGCGCCUUCUAUUUUUGCGGAGUAUUACGCAAAAAAUUUGGAAAAAGCCAGCUUCACUGUGUUUAUCCCCACAGGUUGCACAGGAGCGAUGGUGCUGGAAUCCGAUUUCGCCAGAGAGUUAAACAUUCCUGUCAUUACAAGUGCCGGAAGGGGGAGUCUGUUGCAAAAUAAGGUUCGCUUUCCGACUCUGGUUCGCGUGCUGCCGGUGCAGAUCGAAGCGUUCAGUCGGUGCACUCGUGAACUUUUUGCGGUGUAUAAGUGGCGCACUAUAACCAUCAUCUGUGAUAUCCACUAUGUGCCUGCAUCAUUAAAAGAAAUGUGUGCUGAAACAGCAAAAGAUCUUAUAUAUGGUGAUCCGGAAAUGUAUACCCCACGCGCUACGUAUUUGUUGUCUUUGGAUCUCUCCUUACCUGAACAACGAGUACAGGCUCUGGAAUAUGCUCGAGCCCGGAGUAGAGUGAUUGUCCUUAUGGUGGAAAUCAAAUUUCUGCUGGAUAUGUUGAAAACUGCCGUUAAUUUAGGAAUGAUGGGAAAAGACUAUGUGUAUGUCACCAAUAUUGUAUACAGCUCAUUGUGGAAUACAGAACACUUUCUGUCCGAAGCUGCUCAAAAUUCUUUGGAUGUGAUAUUGCAAUCGCUUUUCAUAAUAUCCCUAUCCCCUCUUCCCACGGACAACCAACGGUUAAAUAAUUUUACGUCAUACAUUCGCUCUCAGUCAAAUUCCAGCGAUAUCACCGAAGAAUCAGUUCUUACUGCGGUUUGCACGCAUACCGCAUUUGCAGCAGCUGCCGAGAUGGUGAACGAAACCAUUUCAUUGGGAUAUAAUCUUAGCGACGGGAUUGAGUUGACAAGAAGCAUGUACAGGCGGAAUUUCAGCUCCGUCAUGGGAACGCCGUUCAUUAUUGAUGAAAACGGGGAUCGUGACGCUGCAUAUUCUGUUUUUGGAGUCAGCGCCCAGACAAAGUCAUUCCAAGAGCUCUGGACUUUUGAUUCAUAUGAUUCGGAACUGAUCGCAUCUAGCCGGUUUAAGUGGAUUCGUCAUGCCAAUCCUCCAAGCGAUCGUCCGCCAUGCGGAUUCGUGGGCGACGAUGCUGAAUGUUUACGAAAAAACGCUCUGUUGACGGAACUGCUUCCCUCCAUACUCAUUCCUUGUGCCAUCAUUUACGUAGCUGCAUUUGUCAUUUAUCGCGUGCACCAAAGGAGGAAAUUGCGCAAAGAAUACAGCAGCUGGAUUAUUUUACCAGAGGAAAUCACACCGGCCUCCACAAUCUCCGAUAAACACCGCCAUCUGCGGCAAACUAUUACGCGUCUAAUGCACAUGACGGAACAAUCUGGACGCGGGAAUAACGGACUUGUCAGAUUCCAUGACCAGUUGGUGUGGUGCAAAAAACUUAAAAUCCAACGAAAGUUACUUGUUGAUGAUGAACUGCUGGAAAUAACUUAUCACAGAAAGAAAAUGAGGCAUGAUAAUAUUGCCAUAUUCUUUGGAGUCUGCAUUGGGACGAGUGAUGUUCGCAUUAUCUCGGAAUUUGCUCCCGAACAUUCUUUCCAAGACCUGCUACGAAAGGACACUUUUCAGUCGUUGCUAAAAGAUAUCAAGCUGUUUCUUAUCAACGGGAUAACAGCGGGAAUGCUAUACAUUCAUCAUUCAUCGAUUCGUGUGCACGGACGGCUCACGGCGUCCAACUGUUUAAUUGAUAGGCGGCUGACGGUACGACUGAGUGAUUUCGGAUUGCGGAAGAUUCGUGAACAAGUUUCCGAGAUGGCUUCGGUGCUUCCGCAUCAGACUGAAGCGCGGAAACUGUACAUUUCCCCGGAAUUACUUCGGGGGGAGUCAGCCGAACCUGAAACCGUGAAAGGCGAUGUAUAUUCCUUUGCCAUUGUUAUGCAUCAAGUGUUGUUCACCUGCGAGCCAUUUUGGAUAAAUUUUGAGGGAAGGAAUGGAGCAAAACUAUUAGCCAAAAUAAAAGAAAUAAUAAGCCUAAUUAAAAAAACGCCGGUUACUUCCGAUGCCCAUCAUCGACCGGACAUUCAGCCGGUUGAGCCAGAAGAAAUGCCGUUUAUCAAAUUACUGCCGGAAUGCUGGGCCGAGGAUCCUCGGGAGCGGCCGGAUUUCAAGGCCAUUCGGCGGUACCUCAGCGAGCGCAUGCCGAAUUUCAAGCAAGAUGGAUCUUUGUUGGAAGAUGUUAUGGAUAAACUGGAAUACUUUACAAGGGAACUGGAGAAUUCCGUCAAAUUAAAAACAGCAACCUUGGACGAGGAAAAAAAGGCUACUGAUAAACUCCUUGCCGAAAUUUUGCCCAAACCAGUUGUGGAGAGACUGAGGUUGGGACUUUCCGUGCCACCAGAAGACUUCGAUCAAGUGACUGUGGGUUUCACGGCGGUUGCUGACUUUGUUACAAUUGUUGCACGGAUCGAACCACUCAUGGUUGUGAAUUUUCUCCAUCACAUGUUUCGCAUUCUGGAUGAAGUUCUUAGCAGCUAUGACGUGUACAAAGUGGAAACUAUAGGAGACUCGUACAUGAUUGCUAGUGGAAUACCUGUCCGAAAUGGUAAAAGGCAUAUUCGUGAAGUCAGUGAAACGUCCGUUCACCUCAUGCAGCGUACCGAGCAGCCUAUGCGACUGCGUGAUAUGAGCUGCAGGUUGCAGUUAAAAGUUGGCCUUAAUACAGGGCCUUGUGCGGCCAGCGUUGUGGGAACCAGAAUGCUCCGUUACUGUUUGUUUGGCGAUACAAUCAAUACUGCUUCCCGGAUGACUUCCUUUGGAUGUGCUCGAAAGAUCCAUGUUAGUAAAGAUUUUAUGGAUGCCGCUCAGCAAUUUUUCCCCAAGGCCUUCCAAUUUGUACCUCGAGGAACCAUUUUAAUUAAGGGGAAAGGUAACCUUUCCACGUACUGGCUGGUGUCCACAGCAAAAGAUGAGAGCAACGUUGAAUGAUAUAAAUUUUGCACUAUCACCAAGUCAAUUUUUUCACAAGACUGGACGAGCAUGUGCCAGUGCGCGAAUCUUUGGUAACAUCCUUAUUGGGAUGAAAAUACAGUAAGUGCCACAUUUAUUGCCAGUGUGCAUAUGUUGCUGCUGAUGCUGCGAGAGGGGACCAAUUACACAUGACGCCACAUAUCCGCUUUACAUUAAUUAAUCAUCGGAUACAAUCCACCAAUAUAACGAUGCCGCGACGAUAUUGGCGCUGUGAAUUGCACCAACUCCAUAAACUGGUGUGAAAGACGGGAGAGCAGUUGUGGUGUCUGUAUUAUUCAAAAGGUGCCCUGCACUUGACUGACUUUCAUCCGGAAGAAGUAUACAACGCGCACUGCAGCCAGGACGGUUAUGGCUACGAGUCCAACAUAGAGCGCCACGAUACCACCGGAUUCGGCGACAAGAAAGUACGUGCCCACUAUCACAAGGACGGUUACCAGCAGGAACAGGAAGGCCACCACGGAGUAUACACGUAACUGCCGGCGACGGUAGACAUUCCCUACCGCCGAUAUCUUAUUACAAUGGGGACAUUUGGCCAGUGAUUUGUGUAGGAUAUUGAAGAGGAAAUCUUGACCACAGUGAACACACACUACAUGACAAGUGCCCGGUGUAGUGUUGUUGGAUGCGGCGAAAGACUGGGACAGGGGACCGGUACCAUCGACGGCGGCCGUGAUGGUGAUGAUGCGCUUACUGUGAAACAUACGUGAACCAUACAGGCACCGAUUGAGCCAAGACAUGAAAAUGUUUGAGCCGGAAGUUAAAUAUUUGCCUUAUGGGGGACGCAUUACAUUUAAGAGGGAGAUUUACCAGUUUUGACGUGGGCAAGCGAUGCGCUCGGAACUAUCCUUACAGAUCAAUAGACAGUGGCAAGGACAGCGGACAUACUUUUCACCAACCGGCGCGUUCCUAAUUGGCUGCAAUAAAAUCAUUUGACUUUGACAACAAUGCAACAUGACCAAGAAAUGUUUAACACUUUAGUAAUGGUACCGAGUACACGUAAUCCUCACAGAAUUUUUGAAAUUAACAUAUCGUUUAACUAUUUAUUAAAGUAGUUUCUGCGUACAGGUUAACUUAACCCGAGAAACAAAUUGUACUUUAUCACUAAAAAUACUGUGUACUUCACGACAUAAUAAUAAAAUCUGU